CUAGAAGAGAAAUGAGGAGGCAUCGAGCGACAGACGGUCUACCGCCGCGAGGCCCAUCCCCGCAAUGUCUCAUCCCUGAACGUUUCACAACUACCGGUUGACUACGGCUGGAAUUGUGACUGAUCGACGUGGUGAGCAUGUCAGGGCGAGUUUUAUAGAAAUGCGUUUGGAAAUAAAAUCAGUAACAAAAACGUAUUUCAAGUUCAUUUUGGGAUGUUCGAGUCAGGAGGAUGCAUGAAGGACUUUGAUUUUCCACUUUGAAAACUCUAAACAAAUUCUGUAUUUCAAGACUGGGACUUCCAAGUUCGCCACAGGUCUCUAUAACAGCCCGACUUGUUGCUAUCGAAAUUAUAUCUAGUCUAUGUCACUCAUCUUUCUUAGUUUGAACAACUGGCAAUAUUAAAUUAAACGUUUAACCACUAACUGGAUAAAACAAGAAGAUGUUGGAUAAAUAUUCUCGGCACAGCCCCGGCGGUGCGCCCGUCCUGAACCCGGACCUGCAACUCAAACUACCGGAGAGUAAUCUGGGUACCAGAAGCCAAGAGAAGGAUAACGGGACAGGGCCGAAACUGGUGGAGAUAACGGGACCGGCGCUGUCCAAACGGAAACUACUGGUCGGUCUGGACCUGCUCUGUCUGCUUCUGGCCUCCAUCCCGUUUUUUGUGUGUGAGCUGAAGGCAGUGAGUCCAUAUAGAAGAGGGUUUUUCUGUGGUGAUCCCAGCAUCAUGUAUCCAUACCUACACACAGAGGCUAUACCAGAUCACCUGCUCAUUACUGGUGGGAUCAUCAUCACCGGACUCACUAUAGCUUUAGGGGAGUGUUACCGGGUGCAUUACCGAGGGGUCAGCUCCAAAGCCUUCAUCAGGAACCUCUACGUCUCAUGCCUGUAUAAGGAGUUAGGUUCCUUCCUGUUCGGCUGCUUCGUCAGCCAAUCCCUGACCAACAUGGCCAAGCUGAGUGUGGGGCGGCUGCGACCUCACUUCCUGUCUGUGUGUGGCGUCUCGUACGUCUCGCUCAACUGCACCCCCGGAACCUACGUCUCCACGGUAACCUGUAGAAAGACAGACCACCGACUGGAGGAGGAGGCCAGGAAAUCCUUCUUCUCUGGUCAUGCUGCGUUUGCGAUGUACACCAUGCUGUAUCUAGCAUUCUACCUCCAAGCCAGGUGGUGUUGGAGAGGUGCCAGGUUACUCAGACCACUCCUACAGUUCUUCCUGGUUCUGCUAGCUGUGUAUACAGGCCUGACUAGGAUAUCUGACUACAGACAUCAUCCCUCUGAUGUCAUCACUGGCUACAUACAGGGAGCCUUGACCGCCUACUGGGUGGCCUUCCACAUCUCCUCCAUGUUUAAAGACUACAGCUCUACCCUGUCUCCUAACCUGGACAACCCCCUGUCACCACAUCUCCUCCAUGUUUAAAGGCUACAGCUCUACCCUGUCUCCUAACCUGGACAACCCCUGUCACCACAUCUCCUCCAUGUUUAAAGGCUACAGCUCUACCCUGUCUCCUAACCUGGACAACCCCCUGUCACCACAUCUCCUCCAUGUUUAAAGGCUACAGCUCUACCCUGUCUCCUAACCUGGACAACCCCCUGUCACCACAUCUCCUCCAUGUUUAAAGGCUACAGCUCUACCCUGUCUCCUAACCUGGACAACCCCCUGUCACCACAUCUCCUCCAUGUUUAAAGGCUACAGCUCUACCCUGUCUCCUAACCUGGACAACCCCCUGUCACCACACCACUGUCUGUUAGGGGAUAGGUGUGUGUGUGUUUCUCUGUAUCAGUGAAAGGUGUUUCCGAACUUGUCCUGUGAAAUCACUUACCUCAGUAUUCUGAGAGAGAGAAGGGGAGAGAGAGAAAGAGAGAGAGAUUAAGAGAGAGAAAGGAAGACGCGGAGAAAAAGAG